AAUAAGUCCGCAUCCACGCCGCCGCUCCAAAGCACGCCAGUAUAUUCAGCUGCCUGGAAACCUGACUGUGACCGACCAGUAUCUGUACAGAUUGCGGCUUCUGCGAGACUGCCCAGUGAAAAUGAGAUGAAAUUUCAAGCCGCGACUCGUACUUUUUGCAACAGGGGUUUCACCUCGAAAACUGAAGCUAAAGAGGACAGAUACUGACUGGAUGGGGGGACGCUAGAAUAACUGUUGCUGAAAAACAAACACACAUAUCAUUUGAGCAAACAUGUAUUUGCACAGGAGAAAGAGGCUUCAGUGGAAUCGAAUUGUCUUUUUCUUAACGGGAGUGCUUGUUUGCUUCGCCUACCAGCUUUCGUUCAGCCGGCGGUCAGCACCUUGGACAAGGCACGAUGACGCUGACAAUGUGGACAGCUUUCUCGACGUGGAAACCAGGGAGCUCUCAAACAAAACCACAGCUGAUGACACGACAGACCCCCCUCAAACAACAACAGAUCACACCCCCAUGACCACAGACAGAACUACAAUAAGGCACUGUAUAGUUGUAGACCCAGAGCCAGCUAAAACCACCACGAUACCUACUACAGCAACCCCAGUACCCAACACAACAGUCCUAACCAAUGCUUCCAGCACCCUACUCAAGAUCCCGCAUCGCACGAAAGGAGAAUACCCUGAGGACAUUUUUACGGUGGAGGAGCGUCGGAAAGGUUGGGUGUUCCUUCAUAUUUUUGGAAUGAUCUACAUGUUUGUGUCCCUAGCCAUUGUGUGCGACGAGUUCUUCGUCCCUGCUUUGGGGGUUAUCACCGAUAAGCUGGCAAUCUCUGAUGAUGUUGCUGGCGCCACUUUCAUGGCAGCAGGCGGCUCGGCUCCGGAGCUCUUCACCUCGCUCAUCGGGGUCUUCAUCUCGCACAGCAAUGUCGGGAUCGGCACCAUCGUGGGCUCGGCGGUGUUCAACAUUCUCUUCGUCAUCGGCAUGUGCGCCCUCUUCUCCCGGGAGAUGCUGCACCUGACCUGGUGGCCUCUUUUCCGAGAUGUAUCCUUUUAUAUCCUAGGCCUCGUCUUGCUCAUCGUUUUCUUUCUGGACAACUUCAUCAUGUGGUGGGAGAGUAUGAUGCUGCUCAGCGCUUAUGUGCUUUAUGUGGUUUUCAUGAAAUACAACGUGCCGGUGGAGCACUUUUUUAAAGCGCAACUCAACAAACACAAGAGCAUUGUCAGAGUUAUCGCGCUGGAGGAACCAGGCAAGAGCAAUGGAUCUGCUGGAGGGGAGGAUCCACCGCUUCCUGACGACAGAAACAGACGGAAGGUCAAGCCAUCACUCCAGCGGGGUGGCAGCUCUGCCUCCCUCCACAACAGCACUAUGCGCAACACAAUCUUCCAGCUCAUGAUUCACACGCUGGACCCUCUGGCAGAAGAAACCGUCUUUAAUGGAGAUUUUCAACCUUCCGCUUCCAAACACGGGCAAGAGAAGUUUAAGGACAAGGCUGAGAUCUUGAAUGACAUGGCAAGAGGGAAGGUAAAGAGCAAAGGACAAGGCAAAGCAACAGGAGAAGAUAAAGGGGAAUCCCCCGACCCUGUGAAUGUUCAGGUCGCCCCUCCCACAGAGCCGUCCACAUCCCAGCCAGCCAAAGAGGAAUUUAAAAAGGACCCUCCUGAAGGGAAUGAGACUCAGGAAGCGGGGGGCUCGGACAGCGAUGAAGACAGCGAUGAAGACAGUGAUGAUGAGGACAGUGAGGAAGAGGAGGAGGAGGAGGACAAGGAAGAGAAUGACAAGCCCCUGUCCCUGGAGUGGCCAGACAACAGGCGCAAGCAGGCUACCUACCUCUUCCUGCUGCCCAUUGUCUUCCCGUUGUGGCUGACCGUGCCUGACGUCCGCAAUGCGGCCUCGAAGAAGUUCUUUGCAAUGACGUUUCUGGGAUCCAUCAUCUGGAUUGCUGUGUUCUCCUACCUCAUGGUGUGGUGGGCCCACCAGGUCGGAGAGACGGUCGGGAUCUCGGAGGAGAUCAUGGGGUUGACGAUCCUGGCAGCGGGAACGUCCAUCCCUGACCUGAUCACCAGCGUCAUCGUGGCACGCAAGGGUCUCGGAGACAUGGCCGUGUCCAGCUCUGUGGGCAGCAACAUCUUUGACAUCACUGUCGGUCUGCCUGGGCCCUGGCUGAUGUACUCCUUAAUCAAUGGCUUCACCCCAGUAGCGGUGAGCAGUAACGGGCUGUUCUGCGCCAUCGUGCUGCUCUUCCUCAUGCUCCUCUUCGUGAUCUUCUCCAUCGCCAUCUGCAAGUGGAAGAUGAACAAGUUCCUGGGCUGCACCAUGUUUGCACUCUACUUCUUCUUCGUGGUGGUAAGCGUCAUGCUGGAGGACCGCAUCAUCAUGUGCCCUGUCUCCAUCUAGACACGUCCCUCUCAACUAGACACGCCCCUCUCAUCUAGACACGCCUCUCCUCAGUCAGGACAGCUGUGCAGAGAUCAAAAGCCAAGUCUGCAAAAGGAGCCCCGCCUCAUGUGGGUAGUGUUUCUGGUUUCUGGCUGGCUGGUAAAAACUCUGCCUACAGCUACGGCCAAACGUUUUGCAUCACCUAGAAUUUUAGGAUUGUGACAG